AAAGUAUUGCCACUUUGGUUGUGAUUCACUCACAUACUGCUUUCUCUGUUUUGUCAAUAAGAAAAAUGAGGCGCAGAGAAAUGAGUGUAUUCAUUCAUCAAGAUCUCAGUGGAGGAGGGUCCUGUCUAGUGUGAGCCCGGCCCGUGUGCCAGCCAUUCCUCCCGCGGGUCACAUCUCGCCCUCUCUUCUGACCGUGUCCCCUCGCCGGCCCCGCCAUGGUAUUUCUCGAUUUUUUGAUGAUGAUGUGCAGCGGAUGAACAAGCGGCAGCUCUAUUAUCAAGUCCUAAAUUUUGGAAAGACUGUCUCCUCAGCACCAGUGCCCUGGAAGGGGUUAACGGUUAUAACUGGAAGGGAAAGUCCAGUUGCCGUGGUGCUCGGCGGCAGCACGGAACGUGCAUUUCACAGAGGAGAUUUUCUCUUUCUAGCAAGUCGAGUUGAAGAUCAUCCCGUAGGAGUGGAAGAAAUUGUUGUUUUUAGGAUAGAAGGAAGAGAGGUUCCUACAGUUCACCGAGUCUUGAAGAUUCAUGAAAAGCAAAAUGGACCUGUGAAGUUUCUGACCAAAGGAGGUAACACUGUGGUUGAUGCCCGAGGCCUGUAUAGACAAGGACGACAUUGGCUAGAGAAGAACGAUGUUGUGAGGACAGCGAGGGGAUUUGUUCCUUACACUGGGGUUGGGACCAUCCUCGUGAGUGACUAUCCUAAGUUUCAGUGUGCUGUACUCUUCUUGCUGGGUUUAUUUGUGCUGGUCCAUCGUGAGUAAGAAGUCUGCCUUGCUGUUCCUGGAAGACGCUGUACUUUUUAUUCCUGAAUGUUUGGAGCAGAUAUCGAUCUGUGGUUGGUGGAAUGGAGAACACAUGUUGGUGCUUCUUGGUAGCCCUGGUUUGCAUUAAGUUUAUGUUUCCACGCCAGAGUACGUGUGGGCGGGUGCAUGUGCACCACAGUGUGCACUCGAGGGGACUUUCAAUCACAGAAUUCCAUAUGUUGUCAUUGUCACACUUUCGCAUUUUUGUACAUCAGUGAAUUUUUUCUAUUAAAAAGUUGAGCCAAAAAAAAAAAGAUCUCAGUGGAGUGCCUAUAAAUUCAUAGGGUUUUCAAGGUUUAAGAGAACUAACUUGCGUAAAGUAUUGAUACUUAGGAGCAAGACACAUGCUAGGCAUCAGUAAUAUAGCCACUAGCAUCAGCAUCAUUAUUAUUGUUUUUACUACAUUCCAGGCUCUGAACUGAGGCGCUGGGAAUAAGAUGAUGGUGGGGAAACAGACAUAGUCUCCACCCUAAUGUAGCUCACACUCUAGUGGGUGAGACAGAAAAUCACCAAAGGAUGUAUAAUUGCAAACUGCGGUGAGUGCAGGGGGAGCCGUGAGAACAUAUAACAGGAGGGACUGAUUUAGUGGGGGGAGGAGGAAUGAGGAAGGCUCCCGAGUGCAAUGAUAAUGAACUGGGAUCUGAAGAAUGAGUUAAGUGGGUGAAUGAGGAUGUGAAAAGCACUCCCCUGGGAAGGACCAAAGUAUAUGGAGGCUUCUGCGAGGAGGGGAGCGUGGAGCGUUUGAAAGACAGAAACACCAGCGUGCCUGGAGCCUAGAAAGCAAGGCAGAAAGCGAGUCGGGAUGAGUCUGCAGAGGCCUAGACCAUGAUAGGAGGUUUAGUUUUAUCCGAAGAUAAAUGGAAGCUGUUGAAGGGUUUUAAGUCAAGGAUUGAUGUGCUAUGACUUAGGUUGUUGUGGAGAAAAUGGAUUGGGAGAGGAUGAAUGGAGGGGGAGUGAUCAUUUAAGAGUUCUUGCAAUAGUUCAGGUCUAAAGUGAUAGCAGUGAAGAUGGAAACAGGUAUACAAAUUUGAAGAUACUUAGAAGGCAGAACCAGUAAGAAUGGAUUACAUGUGGAGGGUGAGUGAGAGGGAGGGGUCUGGCUUAGGGAACUGCAUGGACUGUGGUAACAUGUCUGAGGCCACUAGUUAGUAAACAGCAGAGCCAGGCCUAUAAUCUAAGGCUUAGAUCAAUGUCCUAAAACAUCGUAGCUGGUUCCCAGUGGCUGGGCUUCAUUUACUUCUGCCCAAGUUCCUGUUGAAACAUUGUACUCUGGGAUACGAACCUCAUAGAAAAGGUCUUCCGAAGUUGGAAGCAUCUAACAACCUCGGAUUGGAUUUAGGGAAAGUGAAUUAAAAUUCCUGUAGCAUGGGCAGGCCACUCAAUAUUGCUGAGCUGGCAUCCUCAUUCUGUUAAAUACAGACGGUUAAAAUACCCACUUCAAAAGGUAGUUCUGAGGUAGGGGUUAGAAGCAGUAGCGUCAGUCUACAAUGGACACAUCUGAACUUGGACCCUGGGCACCACGCUCCAUCUUGCUCCUCAAGUCACAGCUGUGUCUUUUUCUUUGUAGGUUGUUCCUGUGACAUGUGGGCCAAGAGGAACUUUGGGCUGGGUGUCUUUUUGUUCUGGUGUCCCAGGUGAAGUCAGCUGCAUUUUCCUGCAUGUUAAAGGCUUAGGAAAUCUAUCCCUCACCAUCACCAGGUGGGCCACCAGAGUGUUCUCUGUGGUUGAGGUCUGAAAUCAAAAUGGUAAGUUAAGGGCCUAAGGCAGAUGGUCUCGAAGUUUAUAGUGCAUAAAAGUCACCUUCACCUGUGAUGGCUUUUUAAAAUAUAGAUUCCUGGGUCCCACCACCCUAGCUAUUCUAAUUCAGAAAGCCAGGAUGAAGCUGAGGAAUCUGUAUUUUCAUAAGCUCCCAAGGGUGAAUCUAAGCCUGGAAAGUUGUCCAUUUGGUUGCGAUUCUUUGAGGGAAGAAACUCUGUCAGCUUCACUAACCCAGGGCCCAGUGGGGUACUAAAUAAACAUUUGAGUUCAAUUGAAUAAACACUGAAUUUUGUCAAAUUGAAUUACUGUGUUGUGGCCUUAUUUUCCUUCCCAUCGAUCCCAAGUCAAUUGCUGAGGAAUCUGCUAAGAUUUUAGGAACGAUAAAGUUUAGAGAGAGGAGUGAGGUUCAGGAAAAUGUGUGUGUGUGAUAUGAGGAGUUAUAGCAACCCGCAAGUUACUACCAAGCAGGUUAAAAGGAUGUGGGAUUCUCAUUGUUAAGGACCUGCUGCUGCUGGGACUCCAUUUCAUUCACCCAAUAUUUUUGUGAAGCUAUAUAAUUAAAAGUAAAUUAAGUCAGCCCCAGGCUGAACAAGGCACAUUAUCUCACCCCAAGGCAUCCUCCCUGGAGCCAGGUGGCUAAAUUCCAGGGGGCCCCUGUGCCCUGAAGGCAGCUGCUUGAGGGCUGUCCAGCUUCUUCUUGACCACGUAGGGUUUCAUUCCCUUCCCUAUGCCAUCUCUUCCACAGCAGCCCAUCCAUACAUUCCCCCCGCCCCCUGCCCUGUCAGUAUUGAAAUCUUUUAUUGCUUGUGAGAAUGAAAUAUUCCAAGACCUGGAGCAGAACAUCCCUCCAAGCUUGCUCUUACUAUCCCCACACACGUGGCCCCUGACCAGCUUUCCUGUAUAAACUCAUGUCCUGAUACAUAUUUGAAAAGCAAAACUUAAAUCAUACACUUGGUAGACAUAUGAUUUUAAAAUACCAUGAACAAGAGGAU